CAUACUUGUAUCUCUUUUUUUCUUUUUCUAUUUAUUUUCAGACAAGAUGGCAAACGUUUCUGUUGAAGACAAGGUUAAAAUAGCCGCAGAAUUUCUUCUUUCAAGUCCACCAGGAGAGGUCAACGACGUGUUUAAUGACGUUCGUACACUUGUUGAUGACGAUGAACAUCUUCAAGAUGGUAUUUUACAAGCACUUGAGCAAUACAAUACAGAACAACAUAUUACUGUUAAGCCAGAAGGCUUAGAUUAUGAUGUCAUUCUAUCCAAGCAUGGCAAAGUCGGAGAAGACAAAUUCUUUGAUCCUCGCUCAAAAAAGACCUUCAAGGUCGAUCAUAUGCGCUUGACUACUUCUGAAGCUGAAGAAUACACUACUGAAAGUACUUUGGAAGAACUUCGAAUUGCUGUUGAAAAAGAAUGUUUAGCCUAUGUUGAAGAUCAUUUCCCUAACGGUGUUUGCACUGUCUAUGCUACUGAAACCGAAAUUGCUGUUGCUGUUGUCGACAACAAAUACAAUCCUAACAAUUUUUGGAAUGGAAGAUGGUUAGCUUCCUGGAUUUAUGAUACCCAGUCAGGCGAUCUUAAAGGCACCACAAAAGUGAAUGUUCAUUAUUACGAAGAUGGUAAUGUUCAACUCAAAGCAGAUAAAGAUGUCACUCUCCGUGUUAACAAGAAAGAUGAUCAAGAACAAUUAGCGAAGGCUGUUGUAAAAGAAAUCUCAACCUUUGAUAAAGAGUAUCAAAGCUCAAUGAACGAUAGUUACAGUGAUCUUGCUGAAAACACUUUUAAGGGCUUGAGAAGAGCCUUGCCAUUGACACGUAACAAGAUGGAUUGGAACAAGAUUUUGAACUACAAGAUUGGAAGUGAAUUGUCUCAAAAAUAAGCUUUACAAUGUAUUAAAGAAGUUCUUUAUACUUCCUCACUUUUUUCUCGAGACUUCACAGGAUUAAACUCAACUUUUUCAUUGACUGCUUUUUUA